AUCUUAAUGUCUCCUGAGCUGUUGCAAGAACGAGCCUACGAUUCCAAGUCUGACAUCUGGUCACUUGGCUGUCUCAUAUACGAGCUUUGCGCACUGAUGCCGCCAUUUCAUGAAGCUAUGACUCAUGCAGAAUUGAGUAUAUUUAUACGGUCAGUUGCAUAA